AACUAGUCUGAUCAUAGCAGUGUAGUGGAAGUAGCUAUUUUAACUUUAUACAAUUUCACCUCAAUUGAUUUUAGUUAGAGUUAGUUACAUUAUUGAAUGAUAUUAAUGAUAGCAAUGACGGAAGGAAUAUCAACGAUCAUGAGUGUAGCCUCGUCUACCACGUCAACUAUUAAAAAAGUUGUGGUAAUUACUCACGUGUAAUUGAUCAAUUGGAUUAUUAUAACUGGUAGGAUAACCGACAUUUGUUAUAUGUGCAUAAUGCUGUAUCGUUCUCGUAUUUCAAAUAAUCAUAAUCCAGGUACACCUGAUGAUGAGACAGUGAACUCAAAUUUACUUGAAGCAACAUUUUUUUGGGUUGUAGCCUAUGAUAGCAUAAUGAGUUUUUCUUUAAAUUUAAACUGAGGUUAUAUUGGUUAACUAGCUUAUUUUUAGGAAGGUAAACUAGUUGAUUGUUCAUAUCGAGUUUCUUUGAAUAACUAUGAGAUUGAUGUGAUUAUCAAUGUAAACAAUUUGAUUGAAAUGAUUAUUUUUUAUAAUGGAUUAAUUUCAAAUCUUAACUUGUUUUAUUAUAUUUUUUAUCCCAAAAUUCGAUCUCGAGUCACAAUGAGUGUUAGCAUUUACAACCAGACCAUCCAAUAAAGUUUAAAGCUUUAUUUUAACAUAACUUAUGUUAUUAGAACAAAGGAAUGGAAAAUGAAGAAACAUUGUCAGUAUUAUUUUUCUCCAGAUUUUAUCUCUUUCAAUAUUUAUUUUAUUUCUAAAAAAAAAAUAUUGACAACUCUUUUAAAUUUCAUAAAUUUAUUUACAUAUAUAUGGUACAACUACAGGAAAAAAAUUCGUUUUUAUCUCUUUGUCUGUUUUAUUUUUUCACUGCGUUCGGGCAGCAGCAGCUCCGUCCGGGCAGCUGUCACAAAAUUUAAUUUAUUGUUCACAAAUAUAGAAACGAACAAAUAAAGAUAAUUCAUAAUUUUAUUUAUAUUUCUGUUCCCCGCUUUUCUUUUUGUUAUAAAAAUUUCAGCUUGGCUUGCUGGCACACUUCUUUACUUCCUACUCCUCUCUCUCUCAGCUAAAGUGUUGCAGUUGCAGCAGCUAGAAAGCUAGAAAAAAUAUUUUUUUUCUUCUUCUGCUUGUUCAGCUUCUUCUUCUUCUUGAAUCCCAUAAAAGGGAAAUGGCAGUGAAUUUUUUUUCCUGAGUUCUCCUUUCCUGCUGGUUUUAUCCCCUUUUAUUUUUUAACUGCCUGUUCCCUUUUGGGGUUGGGCGAGGAAAUGAGCAAGGCAGAGUAAGGAACCGGAGAGAGGGAGAGAGAAAGAAAGUGGGAAGGAAGGAAAAGGGUGCUGAGAUUUUUUUCUGGGUCUGUAUUUGGUGUUUGCGAAGUUGGUGAUUUGAGAUAAUGUUUGGGUUUUGAAGAUUAAGCAUGGAAACUUUCUAGGUUUUUUUUCAUUUCUUCCGUUUUGUUGUUGGUGGGUUUGCUGCUCCCCCCUGGAGCGUCUUUUCUGGGGAAUGGUGGGUUGGAGUUUGGAUCUGAGGAGGAGAUUUAGUGGUUGAUGUCUGAAGAGCUCUGGCGGUGGUAGUAAUGGGGAGGGAAGUUUCUGCUAUUGUUCCUGUUUGGUUGAUCUUCUUGCUGCUGGUACUGCAACCAUCAUGGCUGGUCCUUGGUAAUAUGGAAGGUGAUGCUUUGCACAGCCUACGGACCAACUUGUUUGAUCCGAACAACGUUCUGCAGAGUUGGGAUCCUACCCUUGUGAACCCCUGCACAUGGUUCCAUGUAACAUGCAACAAUGAUAACAGUGUCAUCAGAGUGGAUCUCGGGAAUGCGGCAUUGUCUGGUCAGCUUGUUCCCCAACUCGGCCUGCUUAAGAACUUGCAGUAUUUGGAGCUAUACAGUAACAACAUAAGUGGUCCAAUUCCAAGUGAUCUUGGGAAUUUGACCAACUUGGUCAGCUUGGAUCUUUACUUGAAUAGUUUCAAUGGCCCCAUACCAGAAUCUUUAGGCAAGCUAUCGAAGCUAAGAUUCCUGCGGCUUAACAACAACAGCUUGGCUGGUCCAAUUCCCAUGUCUUUGACUAACAUCUCGUCGUUACAAGUGCUGGAUCUCUCAAACAAUCGUCUUUCCGGGGUGGUUCCAGACAAUGGUUCUUUCUCACUGUUCACUCCUAUAAGUUUUGCUAACAACUUGGACCUCUGUGGGCCAGUUACUGGUCAUCCUUGUCCGGGUUCCCCUCCAUUUUCACCUCCGCCUCCGUUUGUUCCACCUCCACCAAUUUCGGUUCCAGGAGGGAAUAGUGCUACUGGAGCAAUAGCUGGCGGGGUUGCUGCUGGUGCGGCUUUGUUGUUUGCUGCCCCUGCAAUAGCAUUCGCGUGGUGGCGUCGAAGGAAACCGCAGGACUUAUUCUUUGAUGUACCUGCGGAAGAGGAUCCUGAAGUUCAUCUGGGGCAGCUGAAGAGGUUUUCGUUGCGAGAAUUGCAAGUCGCGACAGACACCUUCAGCAACAAAAACAUUCUGGGUAGAGGAGGAUUUGGUAAGGUGUACAAAGGUCGCCUAGCAGAUGGCUCAUUGGUGGCAGUUAAAAGGCUGAAGGAGGAGCGGACGCCUGGAGGAGAGCUGCAGUUUCAAACAGAGGUUGAGAUGAUUAGCAUGGCUGUGCACCGAAAUCUCCUGAGAUUACGUGGCUUUUGCAUGACACCAACUGAGAGAUUGCUUGUUUAUCCCUACAUGGCAAAUGGGAGUGUUGCCUCGUGCUUGAGAGAACGCCCACCAUCACAACCUCCUCUUGACUGGCCAACCCGGAAGCGAAUUGCACUGGGAUCUGCUAGGGGCCUAUCUUAUUUGCAUGAUCAUUGUGAUCCAAAGAUCAUUCAUCGUGAUGUAAAAGCCGCCAAUAUAUUACUAGAUGAGGAAUUCGAGGCAGUUGUUGGGGACUUUGGGUUGGCUAAAUUGAUGGACUACAAGGAUACUCAUGUCACUACUGCUGUCCGGGGUACGAUAGGCCACAUUGCUCCAGAAUACCUCUCCACCGGAAAAUCAUCAGAGAAAACUGACGUUUUUGGGUAUGGGAUCAUGCUCCUUGAGCUAAUUACUGGACAAAGGGCAUUCGAUCUUGCUCGGCUUGCAAAUGACGACGAUGUCAUGUUGCUCGAUUGGGUAAAAGGACUUCUGAAGGAGAAGAAGCUAGAGAUGCUGGUGGACCCUGAUCUUCAGAACAACUACGUUGAUUCCGAAGUGGAGCAGCUCAUCCAGGUUGCUCUUCUUUGCACGCAAGGUUCCCCUAUGGACAGGCCGAAGAUGUCCGACGUGGUGAGGAUGCUCGAAGGCGAUGGCCUGGCCGAGAGAUGGGACGAAUGGCAAAAGGUAGAAGUUCUGCGGCAAGAGGUGGAGCUUGCCCCUCACCCGAACUCAGAUUGGAUCGUCGAUUCAACAGAGAAUCUACAUGCAGUUGAGCUGUCUGGUCCGAGGUGAUAGAUUGUUGACGACCACCCCAUUGGCACACUUACAAGUUAAAAAAAAAGGGGAGGAAAGAAAUGAAAAUGCUUUUUCUUUAUUCUUAAUCCUUUCAUUUUUUCUGAUCAUAUAUUGCUUCCCAUGGUGAAUGAACGUAAUCCUGAUUCCGGCGGGCCAUUGCAAAGAUCCGUUCCUUCUGAAUUUGUAUUCAUUUUUGUGCAUAUGAAUCAUCAGUCAGUUUGUUGAGAGGUUCAUAUCAUUGUGUCGUCCAUCCAUGAGGCCUUUUCUAUCUAUAUAUCUAAUCUAACUUAGGAGCAUUGUGUUAUGAGAGCUCUGAAGCUCUCGAAUUGUGAAAUCAGUGUUUGAUUACUGCAGCCUUGAUUAUUGUUAAACCCAGAGCAGUUUCUGUGAGGGCAAAAGUUGGGAGCUAGUUUCAUUUUUUUCGUAUUAUCGCGCUACAUUCGAUGGACCUUUCAGUUGCUGUAUCUUUGUUGUUUUGGCGUUGUAACUAGCUUCUGGCUCUGCAUGAUAUGAUUGAUUUCGAGGACUCGUGUUUAUAUGCUCUCUUCUUUCAACUGGUGAUCAGAAUGUAGUUCAAUUAUAUCUAUUGGCGGCUGAGUUAUGAAAGAAUUGCUUCCCAGUGAGCAUGGCAUGAACCAGAAUUUACUGAAUAUCCCAAGAUUCCAAAUGCUAGUACUUAUAUGAAAAAGCACCCUAAAUGAAUUUGCAACAUGCCA